AUGCUGUCCAGAGUGUUGACUGUCCUCGCACUGGCAUCUGCAUGCCAGGCGAUAUUGCCAUUCUUUCACCAUCACCAUCACCAUCCUGCGGUUUCCCACCAGGACUUCCAGAAGCACGACGGACCUCAUCAUCCGGUACACGUGCCGUUGCCGAUCCAUCACGUACCGCUGCUGCACCAUCACGUUCCGCAUGUUCCACACAUACCGAUACCCCAUCACGUCCCACAUAUACCACACCAUGACCUUUAUGCAUUCCCUGAAUACAAAUUCGCAUACUCCGUACACGACCACCACACUGGUGACGUGAAGUCGCAGCACGAGUUCCGUCAUGGAGACGUAGUGAAGGGAGGUUAUGAACUGGUCGAACCCGACGGCAGGUUCAGGAAGGUGGAAUACAAAGCUGAUGAUCAUACAGGGUGCGUAAACUCUAUACAAAGAUACAACAUAACAUUUAACAAUAGCAGUGAUCUUGCAGUGAUGUCAUCAAGUCAAAUUAUAUCGCUGUUUGGCAUAGCCUUUUGUGGCUGGGUCAAUGGCCACGCGAUAUCUGGUCAAAAAGUGGUGAGGUACUAUGGCGAACUUGGACACAUCGGAGAUAAAACACCCGAGAACCAUGAAGAAUACGCUUGGGCGUAUCCAGCCUAUGAGUUCUCAUACUUCGUGGAGGAUAAACACACUCAUGACAUAAAGGGUCAAGAAGAAAGUCGACAUGAUGAUGAGGUGAAGGGCAAGUACUGGCUAAUCCAGCCUGAUGGCCGUAAAAGAACCGUCACCUAUCACGCCAACAAAGACGACGGAUUCAAAGCGCAUGUCGAAUACUCCCAACCUCAAAACGAGCAUAUCCAACCUGAUCACAAGUCAAUUGUACACAAGAAUGACCACAAAACUGAAACUGAACAAAAAAAUGUUGAACAAAAACAUAUUCAACCCGAACAUAAAGGUAAACCAGAGCACAAACCUGAGUCGCCCAAAAUUGAUAGCGGCAAAUGGCAAGAAAAACCUAUCUAUGUAGAAGAGCCGCCUCAUGGAGAAAAAUAUACUGACUUAGUUAAACCUGUACAUGAACACGAGGAAGACGAUGUAACAGUACCGACUCUAAAACCUCACCAUGAGGAAGAGCCAACACACGAUGAAAAGCAUAUUGUCUCGCAUAAACCAGAACACAAGCACAAAGUAGAACCCUACCGUGUGACAGUACCGAUUCUAAAGCCUCACCAUGAGGAAAAGCCAAUACAUGAAGAAAAAUAUAUUCUCCCGCGAAAACCAGUAUACGGGCAAAAAAUAGGGCCCCAUCGUGUGACAGCACCAAUUCUUAAGCCUCAUCAUGUGAAAAACCCGGAACAUAAAGAAAAAAGUAUUAUCUCGCAUCAACCUGUACAUGAGCACAAUGUAAAUCCGCACCAUAUGACUAUUCCCAUUCUGCCAGUCUACACACCCCGCCAUCAUAAAACUAUAGAAAACUAUCACCACCCUCACCUCCAUUAGUUUAUAAGUAGGAUUUUUUUAGGAUGAAAUGUUAAUUAAAUACUAAAUUGUGAUAGUUAUUCUACGUACUAUAAUAAGAAACAUCAAUUAAUAUUAUUAUAUAGUAUAUAAAGUGUAAUGAUCUCAGAAUUUUUUUUCACACAAACAACACAACAACAACUUAUAUUUAUUCCACCAUCUCUUUUCUUAAAAAGCAAGAAAAUGCUCAUAUAAAGAU